GGCCACCGCCCCGCCCCGCCCGCGCCGGCGCUGCCGCCCGCGCGGCGCCUUUAAGGCCUGGCCUACGUGGCAGCAGCACCGAGCGGCCCGGCGCUCUCUCCCGCCCGCCCUUCCCGCGGCCGCCUGAGCCAGCGAGCCCGGGCCCCAGGCGCGCAGCAGCUGGCAGGAUCUUCCUCUUCCCGCCGCCAUGGGCCAGAACGACAUCAUGAGCACGGCAGAGGACUUCGCGGACCAGUUCCUGCGGGUGACGAAGCAGUACCUCCCGCACGUGGCCCGCCUGUGCCUCAUCAGCACCUUCCUGGAGGACGGCAUCCGCAUGUGGUUCCAGUGGAGCGAACAGAGGGAUUACAUUGACGGCACGUGGAACUGUGGCUAUUUCCUGGCCUCCAUCUUUGUGUUCAUAAAUCUCUUCGGACAGCUGAGUGGCUGUAUCCUGGUGCUGAGUAGGAACUUUGUGCAGUAUGCCUGCUUUGGACUGUUUGGAAUUAUAGCAUUACAGACUAUUGCAUACAGCAUUCUAUGGGACCUGAAGUUCUUGAUGAGGAACCUUGCCCUUGGGGGAGGCUUGCUGCUGCUUUUGGCUGAGUCGCGCUCAGAAGGAAAGAGCAUGUUUGCUGGUGUCCCUACCAUGCGGGAAAGCUCUCCUAAGCAGUAUAUGCAGCUGGGCGGCCGGGUGCUGCUGGUCCUCAUGUUCAUGACACUGCUACAUUUUGAUAUGAACUUCUUUUCUAUUCUGCAGAACAUAGUGGGCACGGCCCUGAUUAUCUUGGUGGCAAUUGGCUUCAAGACUAAGCUGGCUGCCUUGACUCUCGUCAUCUGGCUGUUUGGCAUCAACAUCUACUUCAAUGCCUUCUGGACCGUCCCAGCCUACAAGCCCAUGCACGACUUCCUCAAAUACGAUUUCUUCCAGACCAUGUCUGUAAUCGGAGGGCUUCUCCUCGUUGUUGCACUGGGCCCCGGCGGAGUCUCCAUGGAUGAGAAGAAAAAAGAGUGGUAACAGGAAUAGCAACACUUCUUGGGACAUAACAUGUUAAGUCCAGAACUGAUUCUCUAUGGAUUCAACAGAAACUGCCAGCAUUUUACACGUACAUGCCCCCUUCGUAUUAAAGGCACAGAUGUUUUGAAUUUGAUUUACAGUGGCACCAGUAAUAUAAUAGAUAAAAAGUCCUGUUUCUUCAAGGAAUGUUGCCUAGGCUUAUUCUAACUUCCUAGAUUUGGAACUAACCCAAGGAACCUGCAUUUUGCUGAUGCUUCAGUGAGCUGCAGUAGAACUGUUGCUGUCUUUAAUGUCAGCAAUGUUUUAAAAUUGGAAGUACUGUGAGCAGAUACAGCUGUAUGAUUCAGUGCGCUGUUGGGUUCUAGCUCUAACUGAAAAAGUGGAUCCCCCUUUCUCACCUUCAUCAAAACUGUCUCGUGCAUAAGGAGUUCCAUUGCUGGUUAUAGCAUUGCUUAUCAAGGUGGAAAGUGGCAUAAAAAAAUCACUGUUGUUUUGCUGCUCAGAGGCCUGUAACCCCAUUUUGUUUAACGAGGGGAGGUCUUUCCUGCCCCCAGCUAGACAGCAAAAAGAAAACCCUGAAAGUAGUUGUGACCCCCUCUAGGUAAGAAAAGGGAGGUUUUUGGACAUGUCUCAGUUCUGCUUUUGAGGGGAACAAGGGAGAAUCCUGUAUCGCUAAUCAGAUUUCAAGAAGGAAGAGGGGAAGAUAUUCCUGAAGAGACAAUGUUAGAUUCUGUGCCAAAGGAACUCUUUAUUCAGCAUUCUUUCCCCAAAGUUGCCCCUCCUGAAUUUCCAAGAAGGGAGCCAAGUUGUCCUGCAGGUUCCAUAAGAAAAGCUCCUUUCUGUUGUUAACCACCUUUCAGAUGUAUAUGCCCCAAAUACAUAUCUGAAUUGCAGGUUAUUGGUGAAAGUGUCUUCAGAAUUACAGAACCCCCCUUUGCACUCAGUACAUGCAAGAUGAGAGCAGUUGAUCAUCUGAUCUGUAGUCCUUGCUUCUUAUUGUCCCUUCAGUCAGCCUCUCAGAGUCCCAGUUGGCUGAACAGUGGAUGAGCGGGGGUGCUGGACCCUCCAGUGCAGCCCCUUCCCUCUGCUGUCUCAGAGCACACCUGAGAUGUGUAGGGAGGAAAGGUGGAAUUUGGCUGUGCUGCCAUAGCCCCAGUUCUCAACCCUGCGUGUUAACGGUUAUAUCAAGUGCACAGUGCAUAAACAGCCAGGAAUGUAAACUGUGUGUUCAAACUCCUCAGCGUGAUGGUGAGGAGAGAGGAAGGCCCCGUUUUCACCUCUCAGUGCCAUGACCUCUGUGCCAUGAACAUGCUUAGUGCUGCUCAGAGGAGGCGUUUUGUCCUCUGUUAGUAAACUAGGUGAACCUGUUUCACGAGGUGAUAAAGAAUUCUAGAAAGCGUGAGCCCUACCAACUUGCUAACAUCAUGUUGAUUCCUUGCACUGUUGUCUCCCUUGAGAAAGCUGCUCAGCUGUUCGUUGGAGGAGUGAUUGAACUGAACGUCUCCAGCAGGAGCUGUUUACCAGGGUCUCCCGGUAAGGACAUUAACCUGGACGGUUCAGCUUAGCGGUUGCAUUUUAGGAGAGAAAACAAGGCUUGAAGAACUGAUGACAAAUAGAAGAGCACUGACUGUUAAACUAGUGAUUUUUGCCAUCUUAAGGGUAGAAUAGCUUAUGGAAUAGCGGGAUGUGCUGCUGCUGAAGGAAACGAUGUGUGGGGUAGAUGGGAGGGGAAGCCAGCAUUGAAGUUCAGGUCACACGUGGCUUUUCAAUAGGUUUUGCAAGGGAAGUUUUCAGCUCAAGGGUUCAUUGUGCCUGUCUCUUCAUAGCAAGACUGGUCCUUUCAGUUACAGGUAUGGAGAACAGGACACACUUUCUCACUUCCACUGCAGGUACUAGAACGGUUUUAGGCUGCGUCAAAGCAGCCAUUCUCAGAUAUCCUCACUGUUGUUGAUGUUCAUAGUAUUUAUAAAUGGAAUGAUGAAGUAAGCUACUUGUAAGUAGCUCUUAAGUUGGCUUUUUCAACUUGUGUCCUAAGGAGCUGGAUGAUGGACUAGUCUGAAAUAUUGACCAGAUUCCUCUGUGAAAAUCGAGUCCCCUUUCCACGAAAAGACCCCAGAAAAGGAACACAUACUGUCCCUUGCAGCAGAAAUAUUUCGGUCCUAAAGGGGCACAGUUAGCUGGAGGGCAUUAUAAGGUAUUUCUAGGCAGCGCAAUAUGCAGACUUAGUAACUGUGAGUCCUGGUGCGGAAGAUUCUGGUUUCCUAUGUACACUGCUGUAUUCAUACAUCUCCCAAAAAUACCGUGACCUCUCCCCGGGGCUGAGAAGCUCUCACAAGCAGGAUGUCAGCUAUCAAUUGGCUCGGCAAAGUGUUCUGGAAUUCAUUCUGAAUAUAUUUUUGCUUUCUAUGUGGAAAAAAAAAAAAGUAUAAAUUCUCAUUUUAUGCUGUAUUUUGUACCUUAGUUGUGUUUGAAAAUGUUUUGAUUUUUGGAAACAAUCAAAAUAAAACAAUGGCAUCUUUGUAUCCA